GUUUUUCAGGAAAAAAUAGAUAUGUCGACAUAUCCUGUUGAAAGCAUUAGAAACUUCAGUAUUAUAGCUCAUGUAGAUCAUGGCAAAAGUACGCUAGCAGACAGAUUGUUGGAAAUUACAGGAACAAUUGCUAAAACUGACCGUAAUAAACAAGUGCUGGAUAAACUGCAGGUGGAACGCGAAAGAGGAAUUACAGUUAAAGCACAAUCUGCAUCUCUCUUCUACAAUCACGAAGGAGUAAACUACCUCUUAAAUCUUAUUGACACACCAGGCCAUGUAGAUUUCAGCUAUGAAGUAUCACGAUCACUGUCUGCCUGUCAAGGUGUCAUACUUGUAGUGGAUGCAAAUGAGGGUAUUCAGGCUCAGACAGUGGCAAACUUCUAUCUGGCUUUUGAAGCACAGCUUGCAAUAAUUCCUGUCAUUAAUAAGAUUGACUUGAAGAAUGCAGACCCUGAAAGAGUUGAAAAACAAAUUGAGAAACUGUUUGAUAUCCCUAUAGAUGAAUGUGUAAGGAUUUCUGCUAAACGAGGAACAAAUGUUGAAAAAGUUCUUCAAAAGAUCAUUGAGAAGAUUCCACCGCCUCCAUGUACUACUGCUGAUCCAUUGAAAGCCUUAGUGUUUGACUCCACCUUUGACCACUACCGAGGUGUCGUAGCUAACAUUGCGCUCUUUGGUGGGGAGAUUGAGAAAGGGCAUAAAAUUGUGUCUGCACACACAAAGAAAAGAUACGAAGUUAAUGAAGUCGGAAUUCUGACUCCAAAUGAACAGCCAACGCAUAAGUUAUAUGCUGGACAGGUGGGGUACCUGAUUGCUGGAAUGAAAGAAGUAACAGAAGCCCAAAUAGGAGACACGCUGUUUUUGUGUAAACAGCCAGUGGAGCCUUUGCCUGGCUUUAAGUCAGCGAAGCCAAUGGUUUUUGCAGGAAUGUAUCCUGUAGAUCAAACAGAAUAUAAUAAUCUCAAAAGUGCUUUGGAAAGGCUGACAUUGAAUGAUUCCAGUGUAACUGUUCAUCGUGACAGUAGCCUUGCUUUAGGAGCUGGAUGGAGGUUGGGUUUCCUUGGUCUUUUACAUAUGGAAGUUUUUAAUCAACGUUUGGAGCAAGAAUAUAACAUGUCUGUUAUUUUGACUGCACCUACAGUUCCAUAUAAAGCUAUUCUUUCUUCGGCAAAGUUGAUAAAGGAGUAUGGUAAAGCAGAGAUUACUAUUAUCAACCCUGCUCAGUUUCCUGAUAAACUUUCAGUAUCUAAAUAUUUAGAGCCAACUGUUCUUGGUACUAUUGUAACACCUCCUGAAUAUAUUGGGAAAAUAAUUGCUUUGUGUCAGGAUCGUAGGGCAGUCCAGAAGGACAUGUUGUACAUUGAUGAAAACAGGGUUAUGCUAAAAUACCUCUUGCCACUGAAUGAAAUUGUGGUGGAUUUUUAUGAUGCUCUUAAGUCUCUGUCUUCUGGUUAUGCAAG